ACGCCGCGGCCCCGCCCCGCCCCGCCAUGGCGCCGGAGGAGAGCACGGAGGCCGUACGCCUGCUGCCAAGUUUCGAGCGCCGCUUCCUGGCGGCGCGCGCGCUUCGCUCCUUCCCCUGGCAGAGCCUAGAAGAGAAAUUACGGGACUCAUCAGGUCCUGAGCUGCUGCUGGAUAUUUUGCAGAAGACCGUGAAACAUCCUCUGUGUGUGAAGCAUCCACCAUCAGUGAAGUAUGCCCGGUGCUUUCUCUCAGAGCUCAUCAGAAAGCACGAGGCUGUCCACACGGAACCUUUGGACGAGCUGUACGAGGCGUUGGCAGAGGUCCUGAUGACCACGGAGCCCACCCAGUGCCACCGGAGCUAUCUGCUGCCUUCCGGAGACUCAGUCACGCUCUCGGAGAGCACAGCCAUCAUUUCCCAUGGCACCACCGGCCUGGUCACAUGGGAUGCAGCACUCUACCUUGCAGAAUGGGCCAUGCAGAACCCAGCAGCCUUUGCUCACAGGACUGUCUUAGAGCUCGGCAGCGGAGCUGGCCUUACGGGCCUGGCCAUUUGCAAGACAUGCCGUCCCAGUGCAUACAUCUUCAGUGACUGUCACAGCUGCGUCCUUGAGCAGCUCCGAGGGAACAUCCUUCUCAACGGCCUCUCAUUAGAGGCAGACGUCACUGACCCUGCAAGGCACCCAGAACACAACACCUGCGACUCAGAGAGCCCCAGGGUGACGGUGGCCCAGCUGGACUGGGAUGUCGUGACGGCCCCUCAGCUCGCUGCCUUCCAGCCAGAUGUCGUCAUCGCAGCAGAUGUGCUAUAUUGCCCAGAAACUGUCCUCUCCCUGGUCCGAGUCCUGCAGAGGCUCUCUGCUUGCCUGAAGAACCAGCAGGCUCCUGACGCCUACAUUGCCUUCACCGUCCGCAACCCAGAGACAUGCCAGCUGUUCACUAGCGAGCUGGGCAUUGCUGGGAUCCCAUGGGAAGCAGUGCCUCAUCACGACCAGAAGCUGUUUCCCUAUGAAGAGCACUCAGAGAUGGCAAUUCUGAAACUAACUCUGUAGGUUUACAAAUGGUUUUAAAGAUUACCAUUAAAAUUAAAUCACCAUCCUGGAAAGAAUUUUUAUGUGGGAAAGCUGGUAAAAUUUCCACUGGACUUGAAUGCUUGAAGAAUGUUAAAUUCAGGGAGCGCCUGGGUGGCUCAGUCCGUUGAGCGUCCGACUUCGGCUCAGGUCAUGAUCUCACAGUUUGUGAGUUCGAGCCCCACAUCAGGCUCUGUGCUAACAGCUCAGAGCCUGGAACCUACUUGGAAUUCUGUGUCUCCCUCUCUCUGCUCCUUCCUCGCUCCGUUCUGUGUGUCUCUCUCUCAAAAAUAAACGUUAAAGAAAAAAAUUUUUUUAAGAAUGUUAAAUUCAGAAUCAGGAACCACAAACUGUGUUCUAAUAAAAUACAUUCAAGUGGGUGCCCCUUUC